AUGACGGAUCAAGCGAACGACGUGGGGGUCCUGAAGACGACCGAGGCAGAGAAAGAGAGAGAGACAGUCGAGGUUACUCCAACGAUAGAAGAAGUCACCACGACGAAAGAGAAAGUAGAGGAUAUUCCAACGAUAGAAGAGGAGGCCAUCAUGAAGAGGACAGAGGUAGAGACAGAGGUUACUCUGGCUGUAACUCAUCGCUCUGCUCAACAAUACGCCUACCCUCCUUCGCAAGCCUCUCCCUCUAAACCUACACCACAAUCGCCUCCUCGUACAGAAGAUGAUGGAGCUGAACGUAAGCGAAAGCGCAAGAGUCGUUGGGGUGAUGAACAAAAGGUGAUUAUGCCUGGAUUACCCACCUCGGUUACCAAGUUGACCAAGGAUCAAUCAGAAAAGUAUUUGUUGCAAAUCCGCUUGGAAGAAAUCAAUCGAAAGUUACGUAUUGGAGAUUUCACGCCUACGGAGCGAGCACGAUCUCCUUCACCCGAACCCAUUUACAAUGCGGAUGGUAAGCGUAUUAAUACGAGAGAAGCCAGAUACAAAAAGAAGUUGGAGGAUGAACGUCACCGCUUAAUGGAGAUUGCCAUCAAGACCAUUCCCAACUUCAGACCCCCAGCCGAUUACAAACGACCCACCAAGACCCAAGAAAAGGUCUAUAUCCCUGACAAGGAGUUCCCCGAAAUCAACUUUAUCGGUCAAUUGAUCGGUCCUCGUGGAAACACUUUGAAGAGUAUGGAGUCUGAGUCUGGCGCCAAAAUCAGUAUUCGUGGUCGUGGAUCUGUAAAGGAAGGCAAGUCGAGAACAGAUGCUGCUUCUAAUUCAGGUCAAGAGGAAGAUUUGCAUUGUCUUGUCACGGCAGACACGGAGGAUAAAGUCAGAAAGGCCGUCAAGCUCAUUGAAAAGGUCAUCGAAACUUCUGCCUCUGUUCCUGAAGGUCAGAACGAGUUGAAGAGAAACCAGUUGCGUGAGUUGGCUGCUUUGAACGGUACUUUACGUGAUGAUGAGAACCAAACGUGUUUAAAUUGUGGUGCCUCUGGUCAUCGUCGAUACGAAUGUCCUGAGCGUCAAAAUGUCACGACCAGUCUUACCUGUCAUAUCUGUGGCGGUGGAGGUCAUAUUGCGCGUGAUUGUACCCAGCGUAAUAACCCAGAACUGGUGAAUCAAGCGCGUGAACGCGAUUCUCAAUUGGACAGUGAAUACAUGAAUCUCAUGGCUGAAUUGGGUGAGUCUGUACCUGAAGGCGGUAACAAGCCCACACCUUACGGUGGACAAGGUGGAUCUGCACCUUGGCAGCAACGCGCGGUGCCUUCGCCCACACCGGGAGGAUCGUCUGCUCCACCAUGGCAACAACCCAGAGCUCCUGUAGGCACAGGUGCACCACCUCCAUGGUCUACACCCAGCACUUAUGCUGCUCCCAAGGAAGAUAGUGGAGUGGGAGCCCCUUGGUCUAACAAUGGGGCAGGAUAUGGUUAUAGUGCGCCACCUCCACCUGGUGCUGGCGGUGCUGGUUACUACAAUGCUUAUGGACCUCCAGCCGCAGCGUAUGGAGGAUAUUAUGAUCCUUCUCAGGUGGCUGACCCUACAUCAUGGCAACAACAACAACAACAACAAGCACCACCACCACCACCACCUUCGAGUGGUCAUGCUGCACCAUGGCAACAACAAGCGCCUCCCCCACCACCAGCCGAAGGUGAUGCCUGGGGUAUGGCACCUCCUCCCCCACCUCCUUCUGAGGAUCCUCUUCCUCCUCCACCACCUGUCCAAGAAGAAGUCAAGGACGAAUAA